AUGUACAAGAAUAUAGACAUAGCUGACAAAAUUGUUAUACACAGCCAUUCUCGGGCAAAUGAGCGGCUGUUGUGCUGGCUGCCGCUUAUCCACAGACAGGAAGUUUUUUCACAGCUCCAAGCAGUAACACUCAGGCUGUGGGAAGUAUUACCAGGCUUAGCACUCAGAGCACAAGCGGUAAUACCUCGCCAAGCUCUCAGAGCACAAGCGGUAAUACCUCGCCAAGCUCUCAGAGCACAAGCGGUAAUACCUCGCCAAGCUCUCAGAGCACAAGCGGUAAUACCAUCGCCAAGCUCUCAGAGCACAAGCGGUAAUACCUCGCCAAGCUCUCAGAGCACAAGCGGUAAUACCUCGCCAAGCUCUCAGAGCACAAGCAACAACACUAAGCCUAGCUCUCAGCCUGCAGGCAACAACACCAAGCCUACUCCUCAGUCUACAGGUAACAACACCAAGCCUACUCCUCAGUCUACAGGCAACAACACCAAGCCUUCUCCUCAGUCUACAGGGAACGACACCAAGCCUACUCCUCAGUCUACAGGCAAUAACACCAAGCCUACUCCUCAGUCUACAGGCAACAGCACCAAGCCUACUCCUCAGUCUACAGGCAACAGCACCAAGCCUACUCCUCAGUCUACAGGCAACAGCACCAAGCCUACUCCUCAGUCUACAGGCAACAACACCAAGCCUACUCCUCAGCCUACAGGCAACAACACCAAGCCUACUCCUCAGCCUACAGGCAACAACACCAAGCCUACUCCUCAGCCUACAGGCAACAACACCAAGCCUACUCCUCAGUCUACAGGCAACAGCACCAAGCCUACUACUCAGUCUACAGGGAACAACACCAAGCCUACUCCUCAGUCUACAGGCAACAACACCAAGCCUACUCCUCAGUCUACAGGCAACAACACCAAGCCUACCCCUCAGUCUACAGGAAACAACACCAAGCCUACCCCUCAAUCUACAGGCAACAACACCAAGUCUACCCCUCAGUCUACAGGCAACAGCACCCGCGCUGUCACCCCACAAUCGCCUUCCGACUGUAUCCAAAAACUAUGCAACAACGUUACAACUUGUAAACAAUGCGUGGGCAACUUGACUUUGAGUCAAAGUGUCAUCAAUGACUGUGUAACACUCCCAGCCUGUAACAGCACAACUAUAACUUGUCUGGGGAAAGCAAACGUGAAGGCUCCUUCGUGUUUCCAAACAACUGGGUAG